AUGGUGUCCCGCUACGACCAGCAAAACAACAAAAUAUUGAAUUAUGCUGUGAAUGCGUGCCUGGCACCCAUAUGUUCUUUACAUGGUCAGGCUGUCACCACCGUGGAGGGAAUCGGAAGUCUAAGGAAAGGCCUUCACCCUAUUCAGGAACGUCUGGCAAAGUUCCACGGUAGUCAAUGCGGAUUUUGUACCCCCGGGUUCGUGAUGUCCAUGUACGCUCUCCUCCGAAACCAGCCUGUCCCCAGUAUGAAGGACAUCACCCAGGCCUUAGAAGGUAAUCUCUGCAGAUGUACAGGUUAUAGACCUAUACUAGACGGCUUCCACACAUUCUCACAGUGUGACACAAACAAAAACCAGUGUUGCCGAAGGGAGGUAACUGUGAAGAAACAGGUUGCACACGUGUUCCUCAGCAGCUACAGAAAGCUUCCCAGCUCCAAAAUACAGAGAGUCUUAUGGCAUAUGACCCCACUCAAGACCCCAUAUUUCCCCCAGAACUACAGAUGGAGGAUCCGACAGAAAGCAAGAAUAUCGUAUUCAGGACCUCGUGUAACCUGGUGUAGACCAGCAAGUUUAUCUGCUUUGUUAAAAUUGAAAACUCAACAUCCGGAAGAAAAUUACAGCAUGCAAUCGCUUCGGGCCUUCGUGCCACCGCUUCGUGCCAUCGUGCCAUCGCUUUGUGCCAUCGCCGGGCGAUGGAACGAUGGGAUUGAGAUGCGCAUCAAGAACAUGUUAUAUCCAGUGCUGAUUUCCGUGAACCAUCUUCCAGAGCUGAGAAAAAUUUCUUGUCUACAAGAUGGUGUUCAAAUAGGAGCCGCGGUCACCCUGUCUGACCUACUCAAGGUUCUAGAGACACAGGUGGAUAAAUUACCAGAAUACAAAACCAGGAUAUUUUUGGCUAUUGCGGAAAUGUUACGGUGGUUUGCCGGCAAACAGAUUCGUAAUGUGGCGUGCGUUGGAGGAAAUAUAAUGACUGCAAGCCCGAUUUCCGACCUCAAUCCACUGUUCUGUGCUGCCGGAGUUAAACUGACAGCAGUAUCCGCAGAUCGAGGCAAACGGGACGUGAAAAUGGAUGACAGUUUCUUUACGGGCUAUCGGAGGACAUCUGUGAAAGAAGACGAAAUUCUCAUGUCUGUUUUCAUACCCCACACACAGAAGCACGAAUAUUUCCAAGGUUUCAAGCAGUCUCACCGACGUGAUGACGACAUCGCCAUUGUCAACAGCGGGUUCAGGGCCCGCUUUCAAGCUAAUACUGACGUCGUUGAUGACGUCACACUAGCAUUUGGCGGGAUGGGACCGACAACAGUCAUAGCCCAAAAAACAGCGAAUAACAUGAUUGGAAGGCGCUGGGAGGAUUCUCUAUUGACUGACGUGGUCAGCUUCCUGACACAAGAGCUCGAGCUGGCCAGCGACGCCCCAGGGGGUAUGGUCAAUUACCGCCGGACUCUGGCCAUCAGUUUCUUCUACAAGUUCUAUCUGAAACUGAGGAUUUCGCUUGAUAACAACGGAACAGGAAUAAACGGAAAUCGCGUUCAACAAAAGGUAAAAUCUGCCACGUUGCCUUUCCCUGAACCAACCUUGCUGAGUACCCAAGUGUUUGAGCAAGUCAGCACCGACCAGAACCCCAUGGACCCCGUGGGGAGACCCCUCAUACAUCAGUCUGCAUACAAACAGGCCACUGGAGAAGCGAUUUAUAUCGAUGACAUGCCUAGAACUGAAGGUGAGUUACAGAUGUGUCUGGUGGUGAGCCUAAGGGCUAACGCCCGUCUAGUUAGUGUGGACACUUCAACUGCUGUGAAACUCCCGGGGGUCGUGGACUACAUAGAUCACAGAGACGCACCAAGCGAGAAUGUCUUUGGAUUUGAAGGGUUUCUUGAGAUUUUUGCCACAGAACAGGUCUAUUAUGAAGGACAGAUUGUGGGCGCUAUUCUGGCGGACACUCAGGAACACGCCCUAGUAGCCAGCAAAGCCGUGAAGAUACAAUACGAGGAACAAACCGCUAUUGUUAGCAUACAGGACGCCAUCCGACAUCAGUCCUUCUUCCCGGUGGAGGACAGUGUUGGUCAGGGAGACCCGGAAACGGCGUUCUCCCAGUGUGACCACGUCAUGGAGGGAGAAGUCCAGGGAGGAGGACAGGAACACUUCUAUAUGGAGACCCAGUCUUGUCUGGUGGUGCCUAAAGAGGGCAAUGAGAUGGAAGUGUUCGUGUCCAGUCAGAAUCCCUCACAAGUACAGAAAAAUGUGGCCGAUGCCCUUGGAGUUCAGAGGAGCAAGAUUGUGUGCAAAACAAAACGAUUAGGUGGUGGUUUUGGUGGGAAGGAAUACCAUCCUGAGCUGGGCCUCAUCCCAGCAGCCAUUGCAGCACACAAACAUGGCGUGCCUGUCCGGUGCUGUUUGGGGCGCCAAGAGGACAUGAUGAUUACGGGAGGAAGACAUCCAUACUACGCCAAGUACAAGGUCGGCUUUAGAAAUGAUGGUCGGGUGAUGGCUUUGUGGAUUGACUUUUAUCUAAAUGGCGGGAAUGUCUUAGAAUCUUCUGCGAGCGUGUUACUAAGGGCGCUGCACUCGAUAGAAUGUUGUUAUAAUUUUCCAAACUUCGUUGCAAACGGCCGGGUGUGUAGGACGAAUUUACCUUCCAACACGGCUUUCCGAGGGUUUGGCUCCCCGCAGGCCAUGCUUGUCACAGAAUCCAUUCUAACAGAUAUGGCGGUUACGUUAGGUAUUACUCAAAAUCAGGUAAGGGAAAUAAACAUGUACAAGCUGACGGAGAGGUCUUACUGUAACAUGCCCAUGGACGAGUGUUCCUUCCGGCAAUGCUGGGAUCUCGUUCUCCAUAAGGUCAACUUCGAGAAAAAGCGAGAUUCUGUGAGAGCAUAUAACAGGGCAAAUCGGUGGAAGAAAAGAGGGAUAUCCAUCAUACCUGUGAAAUGGCCAAUCGGCAUCUUUGAUAAACCUGCACUAAACCAGGGUGGUGCCCUGGUACAUGUAUACACAGAUGGCUCUGUAUUACUGACUUGUGGAGGCACAGAGAUGGGACAGGGCCUUCACACCAAGAUGAUACAGGUAGCCAGCCGAGUGCUUGGUAUUCCCUCAGCUAGAAUUAUCAUCAGUGAGACCAGCACUAACACUGUCCCCAAUACCUCGGCCACAUCUGCCAGCCAGAGCUCCGACAUCAAUGGCUUUGCCGUCAAGGAAGCUUGUGAAAAGAUUCUUCGUAGACUUCAACCGAUCAUCGACGCCAACCCUGAAGGUGGCUGGGAUAAUUGGGUGCAAACAGCGUAUGAGGACAGAGUCAGUCUGUCAGCCACAGGAUAUUAUUGCGUGAAGUAUUUGGAUUAUGACAAGAGGACGAACACUGGGCGGUUUAUGUCAUAUUACACCUGUGGGGCAGGAUUCUCGGAGGUGGAGAUAGACUGUCUUACAGGAGAUCAUCAGUUGCUGAGGACAGAGAUUGUGAUGGAUGUGGGUAAGAGUCUGAACCCGGCCAUUGACAUCGGACAGAUUGAAGGUGGUUUUAUGCAGGGUUACGGUCUGGUCGCUCUAGAGCAAUGUAAGGUCACCCCCGGAGGUCACGUGCUCACCACAGGCCCGGGAACUUACAAAAUCCCCAGUGUGGGGAAUAUACCGGCGGAGUUCAACGUCACCCUGCUAAAAGGAGGGACCAUGGAGAAGGCAGUAUAUUCCUCUAGGGGGAUCGGUGAACCUCCCUUAGGUCUGGCUGUCUCUGUGUUUUUCGCUAUCAAAGAUGCCAUUAUGGCGAGUCGGGCUGAUAACGGGGAAUCUGGGGUGUUCAGAUUGGAUUCUCCGGCCACACCUGAGAGGAUAAGGAUGGCCUGCACUGACAGCUUCACUCAGACGGUACAGGAAUCAAGCAACCUAAAAGAAGACUCGCCAAAGACUCCGUGGUUUAUCACGCCGUGACCAGGUAUUCGAUAUUUGCACAGUUAAAAUGAGAUCGUAAUGUGAGGCGCUGCCCUGCCAAUGAUACAUAACGCCGUUGAGUUUCGUUGGGCCUUAUCCCGUCUAGAGGAGUUCUCGCGAGAAUGCGAUUGUUGCACACCACUGUUUUGAACGCGGCAGCACGUUUCUAAUUGAAUGCAAGUCAUAAUUUGGGUUAAUGCAUGGCUGUUACCGAUAUUGUAUGUUAUAUUGUCGUAUAAAAGUAUACAGUACAACGGUUUAUGUACCAUGUUAUGUUAAUUAAGUCGUAUAUGUAAGCUAUCUUACUGAAGAAAACAUAUAUUCUAGUUGAUUAUAUUUAAUUCCAUCUUGUACGUUGGAAAUAAACAUUAUUAAUUUUGUUAUCCUUAUCUCUGGCCUAUUUGACUUUAUUGUUUCCGUUAGAAAGAAACUUUGAG